CAAGCUCGGUUUCUCCUCUCCCCGAUUCCUCUCUCCAGUCUCCAGCCAAAGAAGCCUUCCCGAUCUGAACUCCGGCCACCACCUGCAGCGCGAGGGAGCUCCGGCCGCCUCCCUGCACCGUCAUCCUCGCCAUCGCUGCCCCGCUGCAGACGGCAGCGUCAUCCCGUUCCCGCCGGGACGCAGCCGGUGCCCUCCUCCGCUUCGGGGGCCCGGGAACGUCGCCGGCCUCCCCUCCACGACGGAGAGAGACUCGUCAGGCCGCGGAAGGCUGAAGGGGGCCUCGCGGUGGAGCGGGAGCGGACGCCGGCCGGCCGGCUGCUACGGCCUACAUUUGUUUUUCAGAACAGCACUACAACACCAGCCAUACCUACUUGGCAGUCAAGUGACAUGGAGGCCGAAAACAGCGAGGUGGCUGCUCUGGUCGAGAAGAUCACCGGCCUCCACGCCGCCAUCUCCAAGCUCCCGUCGCUAAGCCCGUCCCCCGAAGUCGACGCGCUCUUCACUGAGCUGGUCGCGGCGUGCGUCCCGUCGAGCCCGGUGGACGUGACCAAGCUCGGCCCGGAGGCACAGGAGAUGCGGCAGGACCUCAUCCGCCUCUGCUCGGCCGCCGAGGGGCUGCUCGAGGCGCACUACUCCGACAUGCUCACCGCCUUGGACAACCCGCUCGACCACCUCGGCCGCUUCCCUUACUUUGACAACUACAUCAACCUGAGCAAGCUCGAGCACGAUCUUCUGUCCGGUCACGUGGCAGCCCCGGCCCACGUGGCGUUCAUCGGGUCGGGACCGCUGCCGUUCAGCUCCCUCUUCCUCGCGACGUACCACCUGCCGGACACCCGGUUCGACAACUACGACCGGUGCAGCGUGGCCAAUGGCCGGGCGAGGAAGCUGGUCGGCGCGGCGGACGAGGGCGUGCGCGCGCGCAUGGCGUUCCACACGGCCGAAGUCGCGGACCUCACGGCUGAGCUCGGCGCGUAUGAUGUGGUCUUCCUGGCGGCGCUCGUGGGAAUGACGUCCGAGGAGAAGGCCGACGCCAUCGCGCACUUGGGGAAGCACAUGGCAGAUGGGGCGGUGCUCGUCGCGCGAAGCGCCCACGGGGCGCGAGCGUUCCUGUAUCCUGUAGUGGAGCUGGACGAUAUCGGGCGUGGCGGGUUCCAAGUGCUGGCCGUGCACCACCCUGCAGGCGAUGAGGUGUUCAACUCAUUCAUUGUUGCACGGAAGGUGAAGAUAUCACAGGAAAUGAGUGCUUAAACUAAGAAAAAAGAGGAGCCUGGCUGCCUGUGCAAAUUGUGUCUCACAUUGAUAAUAACUGGAUGAUACCCCGCACAUUGAUGCGGAUACUGGUUGCAAUAUGUUUCAAUGAUGUUUGAUUGUAACAUGAGUAUUUGGCUUAAUAAUAUCAGUAUCAAAACUGAAAAUACAAAUGAUUUAUUGUA